AUGGGUCUACCCUACGAAUCGACCAAAGAUUUGCCGUUUUCUAUUUUCACGACUUCUGGUUACAAUGGCAGUUGCAAAAAGAGGAAGUCGACUAUUCGGGUGGGCUUUUUAGAUUCCAAUAGAUAGCGAUCCGUUUUUUAAAAAAAUGGAAUUUUGAGGGUUUUAUCAGUUUUCGAUUUUUUGAUUAGAUAAGGGUCUGCAUCGAAUUUUAAUGAUUUUUUCCUAAAUUUGAACGGAUACGUCAAAGAAAUUUUGGAAAUCAUACCCAGACAUUUUGGACAAAAAUUCCUAUACAAAUUUUAUGACUGAUAAUUACCGAAAAAAGGUUAAAAUUUAAAUUUUUCAUAGCAAAAAAGCGGCGAUAACUCUCGGAAUACAAUCAAAGCUUAUUCAGGGAUCACUGUAAGAAGAUAUCAAGAAUUUUCUUCGUUAAAUUUUUGAAUAGCUUUUCAACAAAAUUUCGGCGAUCUUGGGUUCAAAUUUAUCCACAAAAAUUGUAAUAUCGAACGAACAAAAAAUCCCGGUUACAUGCAAAACAACAGUCGAAAUCAGCACGUAUUGUUACACUAGUUCAAAAUUUCAAAAAGUAUGUAAUAUUUCAGUUCUCCGGAAGCACCGAUUUUUCCUCAAAACCCGCAAAACUCCCCAAAAAAUGCGUCCUGCCACAAGAAUCCUUCAAAUUCACUGUCCUACGAACACUCGCAUUCCUCUUCGGUUUUGUUGGCCGACCAUUCUACUCCACGAUUAUGUUAAUCUACGCGAAUUUCUCCGCAAAUAUUUUCCUUUUUAUCCUCGGCCCUGGACUGGUGUUGAAUAUGAUCCCGAUUGUAAUCUCGUUGAAUUCCGAAUCAAAGUUCGGAAUGGUUUUUGCGAUGGUGAUUGAGGUGAGUGUUCUUAAUCGUUGGGUACGGAACGGUCCGAAAAGAAAGGGGUUUUCUACGCUCAGUGAGACCUGGAGGGGCAUGGGAUAAUUGGCCGUGCUGAUUUAGAAGUGCUUAUAUAGGUAAAAAGUACUAAUUUUACAGUACUAUUUAAGAAAAGGAAGUAAAAAACAUAUUGGACUUUUGAAAUCCACGCCAUUGGUUGUCCGAAGCCCGCCCGAUCAUACUAGUCAGCUCGUAAAGUCGCUGGAAUGAUUUCGGCGGCGUGCACUGUGCAAGAAAACUCAGGGUGAGGGCGACAGCACAAAAAAGCCUAUUGCACUGUGCAAAAAGCCAAAAAUUGCACAGUGCAAAGUGAACUUUCGGUUUCGCGGAGUGCAUGUCGCCGAAAACAUUCCAGUGACUUUACGAACGGCCUAGUACAGGGUGGGUCACUCGAACCUUCCGUCCUCUUUUUUUAGAUUUCUCCGCAGAGACUCUGCCGAUUUUCAUGAAAUUUAGAUUUUUCUGAAGCUGAGAUUCGCCAUUUUCAACCGAUUGAAUUUCAGGAGAAAAUAUUCUGAAUUGACUUUACUAUGCCUUCCCAAAGUUUUUGAAAAUUAUUUUCCAGAAACCUGCUAAAACUUAGAAAAUUUUUGGAAUGAUUUUGAAUUGACUUUCUCGGACUUGGAGAAUUUCUGGCUUUUUUUUGGUAAAAUCGUGUAGUGAAAAGAGUCUCCGCGGAGAAAUCUACAAAACGAGAACGGAAAGUUCGAGUGGCCCACCCUGUACAGAAGUAAGCACAAAAUUUUACAGGCGUUCUUGCCCAGUGGACCUUUUCAGUAGCUACGGUUUCUCUGAAAUAUACAUGGGUCAGCUAGACAAAAUUACAGCCUGGUGUAAAAAAUUAAAUCAUCAAGGAAACCUUCAUUUUUCCAGGUCCUUCUUAUGGGCUGUUCAACAUAUUUGUCGUUCACAUUGUACGUCAAUUAUACUGAUUAUAUGGAGGACCCACUGCACGAUGGUCAUUACGCAGGAAUGAAGCGUUACCACGUAUCAGACUUGGUGCCUUUAUCAUUAACCCUACUGCUAUCUUUGAUCUUUCAAUUUCUAUUUCUCAUUUUGUUAUUCCACUGGCUCCGAGGAUCUCCGAUUUUCCCUAAAAAUCCGAACCGAUUGACUUUCAAAAGCUACCGAAAGUUCGAAAAGUAUUUUAUGUUGAUAUCUACGGUAGUAAUGCUGCUGCUUACCUGCGUUACCAUUUGCCAUCUGUUUACCCUCGAGAACUGUGGGCAUGGCGUUAGAUGUGAUCGCUUGGGGUUUUUAAGUACGGCAGAUCUUCAUGAAGAAGCAAGGGAAAUGGACGACAUACGGAAUAGGAAUACGGCGGUGAAAACGGUGAUGUCCUACAUGACCUUUGGAGCGCUGGAUAUUCCAUUCAAUGAGCUUCCGAUGAAAUCAGGACUGGGGUUUAGGGAAAACAAAUUGGAUAUGGUUGAGAUUCGAGAGCAUAAUGAGUUGCAUCAAAAGAAUAUCAGGCUGGGCCCGGUAUUUUAG